UGCUUAGUAUUCACUUGUGACUUGCCAAGUGCUACGUAGCAAAUAUGUCGGUGCGACCCCAGGUUUAUUUAACUCGCAAAGAAUGUUUUAGUGCAUGCCAUCGACUGCAUAGUCCAUUUCUGAGCGAUGAAGCAAACCAACAGGUGUACGGAAAAUGCAAUAAUCCCAACGGUCAUGGACAUAAUUAUACCGUGGAGGUCACGGUACGGGGUCCGGUAGACACAAAGACUGGCAUGGUAAUGAACAUUACCGAUUUGAAGGAGUACAUGGACCAGGCUAUCAUGAAAAAGCUUGACCAUCUCAACCUGGAUAAGGAUGUGCCAUACUUUAAGAAUCUUGCAAGCACUACGGAAAACGUGGCAAUUUUCAUUUGGGAUAGCUUGAAGCUGAUCAUGAAAAAACCGGAACUACUGUACGAGAUAAAGAUAUACGAAACGGAUAAGAAUUCCGUAAUUUAUCGUGGUGGAAAACAGUCGGAUGGACAUCAGCAUGGACAUAAAAUGCAGAAGAAAUGUUUCAUGGAUUCAUGUGAAAAUUCGUCGAAUUUAUCGUCUGAUUCCGACGGUUAGAAACAAGCACAAACCUGCCAACUGGCAUGAACACUGUUACAGUAUUCUGCGUACAUGUUAUACAUUGCGGAGU